AACCAAGUUUCAUUAUCUAUUAGAAAAAUUAAAAUAUUUAUAAAAAGAAAAUUAAAAAUAUAGUACAUUCUAAUAACAUGGAUCUGCAUAAUCGUUCUCGUCCACAUUACUCUCCGCCGCAUAAUCCUCCUCGUCAGACACCUUCUCCAGUGCCCAAUCCACUCAAUCAACCUUCAAUCACUAUGAAAGUAGGGAAGAGCUCGAGCGAAACUCAAGCUCUGACAAAUUAUGUGUUCGUUUGUCCAAGAGAUUUCCACCCUAGUGUUCGCUAUGUUAUAGUUAACGAUCAAUUUGUGUUUAGCAUUAAGUCAGAAGAAAAUCAGCCCACCCGUCAAUUAGGAAUGGCCAAUAUUCAUCGUCGAUGGGCUUAUUUAUCUUUAAAUCAAGAGGUUUCAGUUGCACCAUAUGAUCUUUCUUUCGAGAGUCAAUAUCAUUAUUUAGGGGAUAUAGAAUUGGAAGUUGGAUAUCUUCAGAAAAUUCAAGAUUAUAAUGAACAAUUUAAUACAGACGAGAUGUCAAAUAUAUUUUGCCAGAGUUUUAGUGACCAAAUUUUCAGCAUUGGGCAACAACUUGUAUUUGAUUUUCAUGGUAUUAACCUGGCGGUUACUAUAAGACAGAUAAACCACGUAAUUGAUUUUUCAGAAUUACAAAGUUUUGAUAUAAGCCAAGAACAACGCGCAGGAACGCGCGGUAUUUUAACUCGGCAAACAAGUAUUCAUUGGACGAAAGCUGCAAAUUCUUCAAUCAAAUUAGAGGGUUCUUUGAAAAGCAAAACUUCUCAUGCAAUUAUUCAACCGAAUUUCAAAUUUGAGAAUAUGGGAAUUGGUGGUUUAGACUCGGAAAUUGGUGCCAUAUUUAGACGUGCUUUUGCGUCAAGAAUAUUUCCUCCAGAUUUGGCAGAAAAGUUUGGAAUUGAACAUGUUAGGGGUGUUCUUCUACAUGGACCUCCUGGAACGGGCAAGACGUUAAUAGCACGACAAAUUGGCAAAAUGCUUAACGCCCGUGAACCCAAGAUUGUUAAUGGACCGGAGAUUUUAAACAAGUAUGUUGGACAAUCCGAAGAAAAUAUACGUAAAUUAUUUGCUGAUGCUGAAAAAGAGUAUAAAGAGAAGGGAGAUGAUUCUGGGCUUCAUAUUAUCAUUUUUGAUGAAUUAGAUGCUAUAUGUAAGCAGCGCGGAAGCAAAAAUGAUGGAACGGGAGUUGGUGACAGCGUUGUAAAUCAGUUAUUAGCUAAGUUGGAUGGUGUAGAACAGCUAAACAAUAUUUUGAUCAUUGGUAUGACUAAUCGAUUAGAUAUGAUUGAUGAGGCAUUAUUACGCCCAGGUCGUUUAGAAGUACAUAUGGAAAUUGAUCUUCCUGAUAAAAAUGGUAGACUUCAGAUAUUAAAAAUUCAUACAUCUAAGAUGAGACAAAAUGAUAUCAUGGACUCUGACGUUGAUUUGGAAGAACUUGCUGAAUUGACGAAGAAUUUUAGUGGUGCUGAAAUUAAUGGGCUUGUCAAAAGUGCCAGUUCGUUUGCAUUUAACAGACAUGUUAAAGUAGAAGAACUUGCUAGUGUAACUCCAGAUGUGAAAGAUGUGCGAGUUAUUAGGGAUGACUUUGUGGAGGCAUUAAAAGAAGUGCACCCUGCAUUUGGUAUCAGUGAAGAAGAAUUGAAUCAGUGCGUACAUAAUGAAAUUAUCAAAUUUUCUGAUAAUAUUGGAAAAAUAAUAUCGGAUGGAAAACUUUUAGUCGAUCAAGUUAAACAAAGUUCCAGGACUCCACUCGUUAGUGUGCUUUUACAUGGACCUCCCGGUAGUGGAAAAACAGCUUUGGCAGCUACCAUGGCAAUGUCAUCCGAGUUUCCAUUUAUUAAAUUGAUUUCACCAGAAAAUAUGGUGGGAUAUUCGGAAACAGCUAAGAUGAGCAUGAUUCAUAAAGUAUUCAAUGACUCAUACAAAUCACCCUUAAGUGUUAUCGUUGUAGAUAAUAUUGAACGGCUUCUCAACUGGGUUGAAUUGGGGCCUAGGUUUUCAAAUCCUAUUUUACAAACAUUAUUGGUUUUGUUUAAAAAGAGACCACCAAAAGAUCGUCGGCUUCUAAUAUUAGCAACAACAAAUUUUGGACAAUCAGAACUUAAGGAUUUGAGUAUGUCAGAUUGUUUUAAUUCAAAAAUUUAUGUUCCUAAUGUUAGUGAGUUAGAUUCUGUGAAUCAUGUACUUGAAGAAUUGAAAUUAUUUAAUGAUGAUGAAAGAAAGCAAGCAAAAAGUGAAUUGGAAGGAGUUGAGUUAAAUAUUGGAAUCAAAAAGCUUUUAAUGAUAAUUGAAAUGUGCCGACAAGACGCUGAAAAUAGUGAAAAUAGAGUAAAAAAAUUUGUUGAUACUAUUAAAGCUAAUAACACUUCUGAAUUCAUUAAUAAUCAUCGUGGAAACAUCAACGGAAGUAUUAAUGAAAAUCAGUUUAAUGAUCUAACCAUAAAUUAAAAUAAUUAUUUAUUGUAUUUAUAAUAAACUGUUACAAUUUUUUCUAUAUUAGUUUGACUCCAAUUUUAAAGUAAAAUUUAUAUAUUAUAGAAAUUAACAUUUUCUUCAUUUUUGCAUUUUGUAAUGUUAUAGAAUUAUAGAUUUAAAUUAAG